AUGUUUUCAUACAAUAUGGAUGCAGCCAAGCCAGAAGUUGCCCUAGAUUUGUCUCCCUUUAUUAUCUUGUACAAAGAUGGCAGGGUGGAGAGACUCCUUGGCAAUGAAAUCGUCCCUCCUUCGCUGGAUCCCAAGUCCAAUGUCCUGUCUAAAGAUGUUGUAUAUUCAAAAGAAGCAGAACUAUCUUGUAGACUUUACCUCCCAACAGGCGUGGCUCCCGGCCAAAAGCUGCCUAUCCUGAUUUACAUUCAUGGGGGAGGCUUUUGCGUAGAAAGUGCCUUCUCGCCUAUUUACCAUAAUUACGUCAAUGCCUUAGUCGCCGAGGCUGAAGUUAUUGCUGUCUCAGUUGAUUAUAGAAGAGUCCCGGAACAUCCCCUGCCGAUUCCAUAUGAUGAUUCAUGGAAUGCCCUAAAAUGGGUUGCAUCUCAUGCUAAUGGAGAUGGCCCUGAAGCGUGGCUAAAUAACCAUGCUGAUUUAAGAAGGGUGUAUCUGGCUGGAGACAGUGCUGGUGGUAAUAUAGCACACCACAUGGCUAUGAGAUUUGGUCAAGAGAAAUUAAUUGGAGUAAAUGUUGCAGGUAUUGUUUUAAUACAUCCUUAUUUUUGGGGCAAAGAACCAAUUGGAAAUGAAGUUAAUGAAUUAAAAAGAGUGUUGAAAGGGAUUAGUGCUACAUGGCACCUUGCAUGUCCUACAACAAGUGGGUGUGAUGACCCCUUAAUCAAUCCCACUACUGAUCCAAAAUUGGCUAGUUUGGGGUGUUCCAAGGUGUUCGUUGCCGUUGCUGAGAAAGAUUUGCUGAGGGACAGAGGCCUGUUAUACAGUGAGACUUUGAAGAAAAGAGGAGGGGGUGGAGUGAUUGAAAUUAUGGAGGCUAAAGGAGAGGAUCACGUCUUCCAUUUGUUCAAUCCAACCUGCUACAAUGCUGUGGCGAUGCUUAAAAAGAUCGCCUCUUUCGUAUCUAGCCAAAACUGA